CAUUCGUUUGUGAGCAGCAACGAGCCAUCGUCAUGCCCGAGCCAGCGAAGUCCGCGCCCAAGAAGGGCUCCAAGAAAGCCGUGACCAAGACCGCGGGAAAAGGCGGCAAGAAGCGCCGAAAGUCCAGGAAGGAGAGCUACGCCAUCUACGUGUACAAAGUCCUGAAGCAGGUCCACCCCGACACCGGCAUCUCGUCCAAGGCCAUGGGGAUCAUGAACUCUUUCGUGAACGACAUCUUUGAGCGCAUCGCCGGCGAGUCCUCUCGCCUGGCCCACUACAACAAGAGGUCUACCAUCACGUCCAGGGAGAUCCAGACGGCCGUGCGCCUGCUGCUUCCCGGCGAGCUGGCCAAACACGCCGUGUCCGAGGGCACCAAGGCCGUGACCAAGUACACGAGUUCCAAGUAA